GGCUUUUUCCAGUGACAGUGAUUGAGCUUUGGCUUUGAGGAUUUCGCGAAAUUUUCUAGUCUACGUGAAAGCAGAACUUAUCAAUCUCGAGCGGUUUCAAUCAGUUUUCAUCUUCUGUCUACAAAUUGUACCCUUUAUAUUUUUGUCUCAUUCAAAGCGAAGUGUUUUGCGUUUAGACCCCUCAUCAAAGUUCCGUGAUCACUCACGUCCUUAUCAAUACCGGUGUAUUUUGUCAGUUCAACAUGAAAUUCGCCUCUUUAUCUUACAUUUUACUGUACUUCCUUAAUUUCUGCACGGACCUUGCUCUGUCAGCAACACCAAGCGAUGAAUGUGAAGUGUGUGUAUCGAUGGUCAAACGAUUUGCAGCCACUUUAGACAAUUCAAUCAAAGACAACCCCAAGGAAAUAGAAAAAGCAUUCAAAGUGUUCUGUAAAGGCACUAAAAGUAAAGAAAAUCAAUUUUGUUACUAUCUUGGUGGCCUUGAAGAAUCUGCAACCGGCAUUUUGAAAAAGUUAUCUGAACCCCUCGCUGUUCCAUUGCCCCCUGAAGUAAUCUGCCGGAAACUUAAAGCAGUGGACUCACAGAUUUGCGAACUUCACUACGAUAAACAAAUUGACUUCAAGACUGUAGACCUCAAGAAACUCAAGGUGAAGGAACUAAAGAAGAUCUUGAAUACAUGGGACGAGACUUGUGAUGGGUGCGUUGAGAAAGCUGACAUCAUUAAGAGGAUUGAAGAACUCAAACCAAAAUAUGUCCGCGAUGAAUUGUAAAACGUCCGCCGAUUUUUGCAGCUUCAUCCCUCGUUCAGGUGCUAUGCUGCUACUGUUCUUUUUGUGAUAUCCCUAGUUUAUAUAUUGAGGAGUUUCUGCAAGAAGCGUUUUUCUUGCUUAACUUUAUCUCAAAUGUCAGGAAAAAGAUUUGAAAAAACGUCAAUCAAAUAACUAAGUCAAAGCUGGCUCUUUCAGCAAUUGAUUCCCUGCCAGGGAUGCAGAAAGUUCUUACCCUUUCCAUUUUAAAAACUUCCAUUUUCCUGAACUUUUGAAAGUGAUGGCUUUUUUUUCUUUUUUCUCACUCCACUCUUUGCUUUAUUUUUGAGUGGCCUCAAUUUUGCAAAAAACGUGCAAUUUUCAAGCUCAUGAUUACUGGUCUCAUUACUUACAAGUCCUUUUUUACGUUUUACCCAUUUUUGCUCGUGAGCAGCAAGUCUUGUGGUCAAGAAUUUUCUGUACCCUUGUCCCUUGUUUGUCCUUCAUCAGUUACGAAGCUGUGGACAAAAUUGCUGCAAAAUAUGUCUGGUCUAAUUCCUUUUCAAACCAAACUCACGAAGAAGCCCUAAAUCUUGCAGUCUCCAAAGACAAUUAGGUAUUUAAUAGGACAUUAUCAGAUUGAUUUUACAAUCUCUACUCCCUCCAAAAAAAGAGGGCAAUAUUACCUACGAAGAGGGUCUAUAAUAAAAAAAUAACUGAUAAAUCAUGAACCCAAGAACCCAGACUUUUGAACCUGGCUACGUUUGAGUAAUGAUGUACUCCUACCCAGAAUAAACAAAUGUACAUACUAAAGAAAUUUUACAGUAGAAGUUCUUUGAAGUGUUUUAUUAUUAUUUCUGUUAAUUAAUCAUAACUUUAAAAUUUCCCUCUUCAAGAUUGUAUUUUCCCCUCUAUUUGAGGCGAUGACCGGAAAAAGGAGCCUCAAUGAGGCCAUUUUUCCUCUUUAUUCAAUCGUAAUUUAUGUCUGAUACAGAAUAUGAUCAUUUUAAAUCAUAGUUGCUUACAUUUGCUUCGAGACACACCGAGCAAUCUAUCCGUCAGUUGACAUAUUGAGUAUUUUAAUGUUGGAGGAAUAUUAAUUUUAGGGCACAGUUUGCACUUGUAGAAUGUUUCAAGUUAAAUUAUUCAAAUUAUUAUUAGUCAAUCGUAGUUAGUCUUGAUGCGUUAAGUCAAGAUGCAGAAAAUGAAGUUAAACUGAUCAAAGGUGGAUGACACCAGGAAACUCAACCGGUGAUUUAAAAGAAACCAAUGACUUGGCGUGUUUCAAAGAUAUUUAAAUUUUUUUUUUUGCUAAAGGUCUCUUGGCAGAAAAAGUGGAAAUAGCAAAAUUGCCAGUCGAGCUGUUUUUUUUCCUUUUUUGAGUUCUUCAAUUUUUGAGGAUAGAAUAGUAUCAGUAGCUAAUGCCUGACCACUAAAAUCUCCGCCCACCUCCUGAUCCAGUUAAGUCCAAAUUUGAUAUAUUGUUCCCUGUAAUAUGAAUCGGCAACUCUGAAAGUUUAGAACCUUUCCAAAAAGAAUAGCCCUUCUGUAUGCAGCAUCGCCAAGUUAAGCACCAUAAGAUGUUGGAUCUGCGAUAAUGGAGAUGAGUCUGAUAAGAAGAAGGGCUGCUAAUGGUACAGACAUUGAUAGAUGUAAAUAGUAAUUAAGUAUUUAAAUUAUUAUAACAAUUAAAAGUAUCGAAAUUAUUAUAAUCGAAUGAAGCUCUGAGAUCAGUAGACUUCGCUACAGCCUGUCGUUAGUCAUACAAACCAAAAAAUCUUUGUUUGAAGGUCCCCCUUUACCCAUAUGAUGGAUAGGAACCAUAACAAGUUGCAUACAUGUGUAAGAGACACCCAUGUAUCAGAUGCUAGUAUUUUUAUCAUCGGGGCAUUGAUUACGUGCGAGUGUGCAUGCGCACAGGAACAGUGCAAGGCAGGGUCUUGUCAAUCAAAGAAUCAUUUUUUUACCUAGCCAUACUGCAUUGGGACAUUAGUGGUUUUUUCUCUUCUUGUUCGGUUCACAAACCAUAAAUUUUUUUCAUUGACUAGUUGCUGAUGAGCAUUGUUGCUAUGCUCCUGUCCGCAAGCAUGUAAUAUAAUGUGCUGUAAAUUGCACUCUCAGAGGUUAAUUUCUCAGGUAGUGCAUCAUGAAGUGAGGUAAAAAGAUUUGCCUAGAUCUCAGAAAUUUUUGAAUGAUAUCUCAUCGAAAAUUCAACAAUUUUAAGUGUGAGAAUUUCCAUAAGUUUCAAUUGCGUUUUCUUUUCUCUUAACUUCGUCGUAGUUAAUCAGGAAGCAAUUUUCAGAAAAAACAUGAUUGAUUCAUACUUGAAUAAAUUAGUUAAAAAUGUUGAAUUUUUUCUUGAACUGUGAAAUUGAUGUUAGUAUUUAUGAGAGGUUCAUUAUAGACACUUAUACUUCUAAGCCACUGGACUUCCCUGCUUUUUAAAGCGCAUUCUCAAUGCAUUUCAGAUAAGCAUCAAAAUAAUCAGUCUUGUUUUCUGUUACUAUUCUUUUAAAGCACACUUUUGUCAGCUGCCAUUUAGGAAGUCAAAAGAAGUAAAGCUCCUAAAUAAGCACCUAGAUCAUAGUAUAACGUUUACAUGAACUAAUAAAGAAAAAGGAUACAAUUCAAGAAAGAUAUUUUCUUUUAGUUAUCACAACAGUUGUUGGAUUUAGUUUCGAAAAGUGGGAAAUUGAAAAAACUACAUUAUACUCAUCACAUUUUACCUUCUCUUCCUAGAUUGACAGUAAAUUAAUGAUCAAUAUGAAACUUUAGCGGCUCGUCUUUUUUGCAAUAGAAUAGAACCCAACUUGAAGGGGACUUUCCAAAAGGUAUUGCUCAAUGAUGAUGCUUUAGGUAAAUAUUUGUAAUUAUUAAGACUCUGUAGCACUGAAGCAGCGCUUUGAAAGCCGUAGUUGGAGCCCAGUAUUUAUUUUAUUUUCCCGGUGAAUAGCAGUUUCCUGUGCCGUGCACGAAUUCCCUAUGUUAAAAAUACAGCUUAAUUUGAUCCAUUUGUCAACCUUGCUAAACGAGACAAAAACUGUUGUUGCAUGCGUGUUACUGUCCAAGCCUCCAUAGUAAUUUGCAUUUUUGUUUCGUAUUGUAAAUUUCGAUUUUGUACAAAUAGCAAAAUAAAGGACCUACGUUCUUUUUUUUUAAAGAAAAUA